UUAUCUUAUUAAGAAAUGCAAUACUCAAGCCUUCUGUUCGUCUGUAUGUGCGCGUGCGCACUAGCGAGUGGUUAUGCACAGUUCCGCUUCCGGGAAUACGUUCUGCAGCGUCACAACGAGUACAGGAAGUCCACGGGAUCCAAAAACGAUUUGAUAUGGAGCGACCGUAUGGCAACUUUUGCAAGCCGCUGGAUGUCCUCCUGUAGCUUCGACAACCAACACCCGUCAAGAGGCGUCAACAUCGCCUUCUACUCCGACGCCGAGGCAGACGAUCAGCGGUACGUGGAGCGCGCCUUCCGGGACUGGACGGAGGAGCGGAACUCGUUCAACUACGGCGAUGGGGAGUCCGGAAGUUAUUUCGGUCAGAAGCUGGGUUGGGGACAGACUCGGCAGAUUGGGUGCGCAGUCCGAAGAUGCCCUUCUUUCUACGCGUUCGGUCAAGUGUUACGGAACCAGUGGUACGUGAGCUGCUUCUAUGAUCCAAGAUGGGAAGACAACAGUAACGAAGGAGAGUCAGAAGUAAAUGAAACAGAAGUAAUCGGUAUGGUAUUUAGUGUGGAAACACUUAUUUUUAUAUAA